ACCUCACCUCACUGCCCGACACUUCUUCCACUUCUGCACUUACAACAGCCUUCACCCUCAAUACCACAGCACCCGCAACAGACAGACACUCCUCAUUCAAACCAGAUCCCCUGAGAAAGCACCGCCAAUAUGAGAUUCUCCCUGGCUGUGGCCGCCCUCGCGACGACGGUUGCUGCCGACGGAUGGUUUGGCAAAUCCGGCCGCAUAGCAUACAACAAGUGGCACGAGACGGAGCUCGAGAGAUGGCUGUCGGACCACGACGUCCCAUAUCCAACCCCGGCUGACCGUAAGGACCUCGAGAACUUGGUCAAGGACAACUGGGACAACUACGCCGUGAAGCCCUACAAUUCAUGGGACGCCAACCAGCUCCAGAACUACAUCUCUUCAAAGGGACAACAGGUCAAGAAGGGCACCGAGAAGAAUAAGGACAGCCUCCUCCAGCAGGUCCAGGACCUCUGGCACGAGACUGCCGAUCAAACCAAUGAGGCCUACGGUAGCGUCCAGAACUGGAUCUUCGACAGUUGGACGGAGUCCCAGAUCAAGGCUUGGCUCGACUACCACAAGAUUCCUAACCCAUCCCCUCGCACUCGCGAUUCCCUUCUGCACACCGCCCGCGCCAACUAUGCAAAGGCCGCCGAGAAGGCUGGUGAGACUGCUGCCUACCCGGGCAACUGGCUCUACUCGCAGUGGUCCGACUCUGACUUGAAGGCCUGGCUCGAUGAGCGCGGUGUCCCGGUCCCGCAGCCAGGUAACCGUGAUAAGCUCAUUGCUACCCUUCGCCGUAACUCCAAGAUCGCCGCCGACAAGGCUUCUCAACAGUACGCUUCGGCUUCCAAGUCUGCUGCUGGCGCCGCUCAGUCACUCAGCGAUCAACUCCUCGAGAGCUGGAGCGACAGCCAGAUCAAGGAGUGGGCCGACCGCAAUGGCAUCAAGGUUCCACAGGGUAGCAAGCGCAACGAGCUCAUUGCUCUCGCCCGCAAACAUUCUGCUUCGCUCACUGGAAACAACGCCAAGGACUCUGCUGCCUCUGCUUAUGGUGCCGCCACCUCGAGCGCUGGCAACUACUACGCCGAGGCCACUCAGGGUGCUUACAGCCAGUUUCAAUACUACUACGACGUGAUUGCCAACAACCUUGGCUUUGCUUCUGAGGAAGCGAAGAAGAGCCUGAGCUCUGCUUCAUCUGUCGCUAGUGCCUCUGCAAGCUCUGCAUCUUCUGUUGCCAGUGUCUCUGCCAGCUCUGCCUCUUCCGUUGCCAGUGCCUCUGCAAGCUCGCUCUCUUCCAGCGCUUCGAAGUAUGGACCAAAGUCAGCAUCGUCCCUCUCCGCUUCGGCGUCCAGUGCGAGCUCAGUCGCAAGCGUUUCAGCAUCCAAGAGCGCGUCUUCUGCUAGCGUCGCUGCCAGCAAGAGCAUAUCGAGCGAGAGUGUUGCCGCCAGCAAGAGUGCCCAGAGCGUCAAGAACGAGCUGUAAGCGGUGGAAAGUAUACGGCGCGAAACAUGACACGGAGGACCAGAAUGAAGCAGAUGACGCCCCCGACGAUAAUGGCGACAGGACAGAUGCCGACUUGUUUGUUUCUACUACAGCAGAGACAUCACGACUUGCUCUCGCGUUCCACCGACCCAGCCGCGAACGCGAAAGAAUGGAUGACGAAAAGCGAUGACGAGUGAUUGUAAUACUACUGAUACCCAUAUGGUACGGCGUAGAGUAGUUGCUUUUAAUGAAAUUUUCCUACGCCCUCG